AUGUCUAAAGGUCCAUGGAGUUGCAAUGAAGAUGUAUUAUUAAAGAAACUUGUUAAUGAAACGCCUAAAAAACAAGACCAAAUACAUUGGGUUGAAAUUGGAAGAAGGAUGAACUCUCGAACAUCAAAGCAAUGUCGAGAAAGAUAUAGACAUCAUCUUGAUCCUAAAAGUAAUUAUUACUCCAAUAUGUUUAUUCAGCUUGUAAUUUUCAUGAUAUACCUCACACUAAAUUUAUUGAAUAUAAACAAAAAUAUAGUCAACCGGAGUGCUCUCAGUGAAGAAGAAAAAGAUUUAAUCUGGGAUUGCUUAACUAAAGGUAUAACCUCGCACGCAUCGAUUGCAAAAUUGAUUCCUGGGAGAACGCCUCUGCAAAUAAAAAAUUAUAUUUACCGAGAAAGAGCUAAAGAAAGAGUAAGGAUUAAAGCGAAAAUGUCGUUACCAAAUAUCUGUAAUGUUUCAGCAACUAGAAAAUUAGGAACUUAA